AUGGCUGACCUGACCCAAGUUGCGGUGGACUCGCUGGUGAGCGUGCUGUUGACGGCGGUCAAGGAGGAGGCGAAGCUGCUGGGCGGCCUGCAGGGUGAUAUGCAGUUUAUCAAGGACGAGAUGGAGAGCAUCAACGGCUUCCUCAUCCACCUGACCAAGACGGAGGGCAAGCACGACGACCAGCUCCGCGCCUGGAUGAAGCAGGUCCGCGACAUCUCCUACAUCGCGCAGGACUGCAUCGAGCUCUACAGACGCGACUUCAUGGACCCGUCCAGCGCCGGCCUCUGGGCCCGCCUCCGCCGCAUGGUGCUCCGCCUGGGGUGUCCAUGUGGUGAGGAGCACGACCUGGCCAUCAGGAUCCGCGACCUCAAGGCCCGCGUCAAGGACAUCGGCGAGAGACGGGAGCGCUACCAAGUCAGCAUCCCCAAGCUCAAGGAAGAGGAAGCGACGCCCCCGCUGACGCCGGCCGAGGCCCAAGCAAGCCAGGACAAGAUCGACGAGGCCAGAGAAGAAUUUGUACGUGCGCUGGCACGUGACCAAGAGAAACAGGAGAAGAAGAACGAGGCCAUCGGUCUCGUUACUCAAUUUGUACGUGCGUUGGCACGUGACAAGGAAAAGCAGCAGAAGAAGGAGCUCGUCCCAUGUUUUGACGAGGCCAUCCGUCUCCUCCCUUUUAAGGAUCUUCAAUCGGCGGCCACCAAAGUACGUGAUUGCCUCCUUCAAAAUUUGUCGACCGAGGAGAGUGCGGCCAUCUGCAUGGAGAUGCUCCUCCGUGCUCUUCGGGAUCAUAGCCAUGCCCGCCCGGCGGUCCAGAAGACCAAGAAAGAACUGUUGAAAUUAGUGGAUGAAGCGGACACGGACAUCCAAGAUUUUCCCACUCAAGUCAUGAUCUUCUGCUACAGCAAGCUGUCCAGGAGCUACAAGAGCUGCUUGCAGUAUCUCUAUGCCUUCCGCCAUGAAGCCGCCAUCAGCAGGACGAGCUUGGUCAGGCGAUGGCUCGCCGAAGGCCGCGUGGAGAAGCAAGCAGGUUUUGAUGGUACCCUCGAGGAGGCAGCGGAGCUCUGCUUCAAAGAUCUCCUCUUCCGGGGGUUCCUUCUUCCUGUCGACGACCCAGCCACCGCUUCCAGCAAGGUCAAGACCUUCACAAUUGACGACACCGUCUGGCGCUUCCUCUAUCGCAUGUCCACAACGGAGAACUUUGUGGACAACCUGCCGACUCACCUCGAAAACCAGCUUCGCAUCCGGAAAUUUGUGAAACGGCAAGAGGAGCAUCAGAAGAAUCAUCCACGACCACGCCACCCGUGGAGCAUCUGUGGCCGUUGGACGAGGCCUCCGCCGGAUGACAGCAUGGUGGCAGAUCCCGAUCCCAUGGAUGCCAUGAUAAACUUCCUCAAGUCUCUCGGCCAAACCUACCGGCUAAAUGUGCUGGAUCUUGGGGGUUGCAAGGGUCUAAAGACGAGCCACCUCAAGAGCAUCUGCAACAUGGUCUCGCUCAAGUACCUCAGCAUCCGGAACACGGACGUCUCCCGCCUACCCCCAGAGGUCAGCCAUCUCAUACUGCUGGAGACGCUCGACAUCCGGCAAACUAAGGUAUGGGGCCCAGACAUGAAGCACAUUUACCUCCGAAAGCUAAAGCACCUGCUCACCGGCCCGAAGAUGACGACGGAGGAGGAGACAAUCCGCGGGGCAGGGAUGCCUCGCUUGAUCGGAAAGAUGGAAGACAUGGAGAUACUGUCCCGGGUCCAGGUUGAACACGGCAUGAAGGAACUCGAAGAAGUUGGCCGCCUGCUGAAGCUUAGGAAGCUGGGCGUGGUUCUCAUUGGCAGCCAAAGCCAAGCUCAAGACAACAUGGCCAGUCUGCUCCGAGUAAUGACCAAGUUGAGAGAUUGCUUACGCUCUCUCUCAAUAUGGGUCACUCCGCCACCCACAAAUGGCGACCCUAGUAUCACUGUGAAUAUGGUGAUGACACAAGAUUAUGCCCCCAAGUUACUUGAGAGCCUGGAUAUCAGGGGCGUGCGCUUUCUCAACACCGGGUUGCCUCACUGGAUCUGGGCGCUGCAAGAACUCUGUGAGAUUACACUGUGUGACACCUUUCUGUCUAAAGUCUCUCUGCAGGACCUUGGCAACAAGCUCCAUCACUUGCGCCGCCUUCGGCUCCUUCGCAACUCGUACAACGAGCCAAAGCUCACUUUCAGCAAGGAUGGUUUCCAAGACCUCAGGUUCCUCAUCGUCGAGGGCAACACCAUCACCGCCGUCAGCAUUGAACAAGGUGGCGCAGCCCCUUUGCUCAAGAAGAUCGUUUGGCACAACAUGGCCAUCAAUCAGGCGGCGGGCAAACUUUCUGGAAUUCACCACCUUAAGAGGCUGCAAGAGGUGGUGCUCAAGGGCAACUUCACCAACCCGAGCUCCAUUCCACACAACGAUGGGUGCAAAAUAACUGAGGCAUGA